GACAAAAUGACGAGACGACAAAUAAAAAUGGGAACAACAACAGAUAGAUAUACAUUUACAGCGCAAAAGUCAAAGGAAGAGUUAGCAGAAGAAAACAUAGAUGAGACGAAAAAAUAUUUGAAAAGCUACAAGACUUUUAAUCGCUACUUUGUUGAAACUGAAAUGUACAAAUCUGCCAAAUCAUGUUUGGAAAAAAAUAACAUUGUUGUUAUGAUUGGAGCUUCGGGUUGUGGGAAAACUAAUGCUGCAAUUCACAUGCUAUUCGAAGCGGAAAAGGAAAACUGGGUUUUACGAAAAUUUGGAUCAUGGGAAGAAUUUACUCUUUUAGAUGCAAAUCAAAAGACUGUCGUCUUUAUCGAUAAUGUAUUUUAUGGAACUGAUAACUACGAUUUAGAAAAUUGGUGGAAGGAGUUGGAUGAAAUAUAUGGAAACUAUCUAAAGCAAGGAACACAGAAUUCACAUGAAGAGUCUAUGGUUAAGUUGCGUCUCAUUAUUACUGCUCGAGAAAAUGUUAUUGAAAAUGCAUGUCAGUUUAUGAAAAGGAUAACGCCCGUAUUUAAUGAUACUUAUCGGGAAUACGCAAAUAAAUAUCCUUUAACCGACGAAGAAAAAAAUGAAAUCUUUCAUAAACAAAUUGAAUUUGCAGAGAAAGUAAAACAUAUUUGUUCACCACCAGGUGAUUGUCAUGGCUUCAGAACAAGUAUAUUUAAAGCUGAGGGUCCAAUUGGUUUUCCCCUUUGUGCCCAUUUAUACGCAUGCAAAGAGGAAUACAGAAGGCGUGGUGCUAACUUUUUUUCUCAUCCAAUCGAAUUUCUCAAAAUUCAAAUAGAAGAUGAAGUCCGUAACGACCAAACCUCUAAAACCAAAACCCUCUUUUUUGUCCUUUUUCUUUAUGAAUGGCAUUUAAAAACACAUGAUCCACAUGCAAAGCUCAAUCCAGAAAGCGAAGUUGCAUGCAGGCAAUUUUUGAAUGCAAUAUCACCCGAUCUUAUGGACAAUUUUAGCCCUUUAGAUUUCAAGGAGUUAAAAAAGUUUGCACGUCACUUGUCUGGUUCAUUUUUUAUUGAAGUCGAAGGAGGAGGGUUUAAAUUCGUUCAUGACAGUGUAUAUGAGGCAGUGGGGACAUACUUUUGCGAGCGUUAUUUUGACAAAGUCAUUCCCUUCUUUCCAUUUGAUGUGAUUCAAGCUCAGGAAUACACUUCUCUGAGAAAGGACCAAAUAUCAAAACUUGUCCUGAGAUUUUUAUAUGAAGCGUUUAAUCAAAGAUUUUCAAAAGUUUUUGGAUUUAACGUUUUUAGAUUGAAAACUUUUUCGGAUUGUUUUUGUGAUGAACUAGAGAAAAAAGGAGACAAAGACAUUGAAAGUUUUUUUUCUCUACAAAAUGUCGGCUCUAACGUUAAACUACCCGUUUUGUUUUGGGCUAGUCUUAACAAGCAUCAUUAUUUAGUAGAUAAAAUGUUUGGCAUCCUCAGCAAACAUAACAUCAAUACUGACUAUCAAUUUUAUCUUUCAUUGUAUGGUGAAUGCUGUUCAAGAAGUGAGCAUAUAGUGACAAGACUAAAUGGAAUGCUUUUCAAUAAUAUGGAAGAAAUAAAGAAACGCGUUCUUGAUUUUAAAGACGAAGAAAAGAACACAGUUCUACAUCUUCUAAUAAUGUCAGAGAGAUCCGACAGCACUGUAGCAGAAGCAGUGGAGAAAUUGAUUAGAGACAAAGCAAAUAUUAAUGCACGCAACAAUUUAAAUAUGUCACCAUUAAUGGUUGCUGUCCAGCAAAAAGCAGAAAGAUCAGCAGUAAUAAAAAGGCUAGUUGAAAGCAAAGCAGAAGUGAAAUAUAAGGAUAGAAAUGGAGCUACUGUUUUUCAUCAUUGCAUGAAUUCAGAAAAUAAUGAUGAAAUAUGUGCCAAGAAUUUAAAGCUUCUCUUAGGUGGAACCAAAAGUAAAAGGUUAUUAAAUAGUGACGACAACGAUGGAGAAUCGGUUUUAAACGUUGCUGCAAAACAAAACAAAUAUAGUAGGUUAUUAUGCAUUUUAACUAUUCUUGAAUGUGAGGAUGUCAAUGCCUCUACAUUAAAUUUAGAUGGAUGCUCUCCAGUUUACAAUGCUGUGAAGUACUUGAAGGCAAAAUCUCUAUUUAGUGAAUUGGAAUGUUGUGCAAGAUUGAUUAUUUUCAUUUUGUACGGAGUGAAUCCGGACAAAGUAGCAGACGAUAAAACAAGUGCCAAACAAAUUUGUUGUGCUGAAUAUAAACAUGCCUUAAAAAUUUUAAACAACCAUGAUGCAGAAGCUAUGGAAAAAGAACUUACAAAAUUAAUUGCACUCGUUCAAGAAACAGUAGAAACGAAGGCAAAUAUAGAACUCCCAGAUUGUUCUUCAAAAUUGCCAGAAAGUAUAAAAUUGCUCAUACGACAAGGAGUUCACUACUUGGCAUCCGCUGAACUAUAGUUCUCUUGCAGAAGUUAGUGAUCUUCCAUUCUAUUUUUAGCAUAAUAUUUGCAGAGGACAUAUCAGCGAUUUUUGUGUUUAUCGGCGAGUACUUCACAGAAUAUUUGGGUUUAUAUUACUUAAGGUAAUUUGUAAACGAAUUGGUUAUUGGAGGCUUUGAAGAAAAUUUUUAGACACAAUUUGUAUUUAAAAGUAUUAUUAUGCAUGUUAAUGUUAUGGAUGUGUGCUACUUUAAUGAUAAAGAAAUUAA